UGGGAGGAGGAUAAAUCAAGGUCAGAGCGCCCCGGGGGUACAUAGACAUCUUACUUGGUUUUGUGUGCACGGACAACCACACGCUUUCAGUGAGUUACACAUGUGGAGUCAGCGCGGGCGUGCACGGUAGUCCAGCGCAGAUCCUACGCCGGGUUAGAGUGUCAAUUCACCGGCGUUGUUGUCCGUAUUGCUUUACAUCGUGCUCCACUAUGGCAGAAGAGAUCAAAGUUCCCGGUAACAAGGAAGAAUGGCUGAAGUUCUGGAACGAGUGGGGCUCUGACUGUGAUCACCCAGAGACUGAUCCUUGCCCAAUGUUACAGAAGCACCUGGACAAACUGGUCAACGGGAAGAAAAAUGCAAAAAUAUUUGUCCCUUUGUGUACCAAGAGCAUCGACUUGAAAUGGUUGGCAGAUCAAGGUCACACCGUUGUGGGGUUAGAAGUCGCCGAGAGUUGCAUUCAAAGCUUCUUUAAGGAACAGAAGCUGGAGUUUACCGUGGAAAUGGGUCUUGGAGGCAAGGCAAAAAUUUACAAGGCGGUCAAUCACAACAUAAAACUUUACGUGGCGGAUUUCUUUGACUUCAAUAAGGAGGCAGAAGGUCAGUUUGACGGUGUGUGGGACAGGCGCGCUAUGAUAUCCCUUAACAAAGAUCAGUACCCAAGAUAUGUGGCACUCAUUAAGACUUUACUGGCUCCUGAUGGAAGGUGUUUAUUUGUGAAUGCGGACUUCGAUAGGACUACAUGCCCAGGACCCUAUCUUGUGACCCAUGAGAUGCUGAAGGAUCUCUAUAAAGACGGAUAUAAAGUGGAAUACGUGGACGAGAGGAACAGAUCGGAGAAAGACGAUCCUGAAGAACUCGUUGGCUUCAAGUGGUUUCUCGAGAAAAUGUUCUUAAUCUCAAAAGCCUAAGUCCCGAAGAUCAUGCAGUGCCUUCCCAUGAUCAACGCUGUCAUAGAUACAUUCUCCAGCACAACAAUGAGGGGAGGCAACUCCAGUGAGUGAUGAGAAGGAUUGUGGCGAGCACAAUGACACUGGUCCGUACACAUACAACAUGCUUUCUAUAUAUAUACACCGCGGUGUGUAAGUUUCAAUUUGGCCAUACGUGAUGGUGUAUUUGGAUCUCAGCCAAGCGAUAUACUAGAUUAUGCAACUGUCCUUUUUAGCAUGGUAAAAGUUGAUAUCUAAACUUUUCUCAGCUAUACAUCUACGUCAAUACAGCUGACUCUUCUCUUAUAUACUGCGUGAAUUGGCCGGUACAGCUAUUUCUACAUAUUGUUGUUAUUGUCUUUAUUUUUUAAUUGCCUGGCUUACUCUUCUUGAUACAUAAAGCGUAUUCUUAUACAAGGUGUCAUUAGUUAUUAGCUUUUAAUAACCUUUUAUUUUUCAUAUCCUCUGCCUCAUGACAUGGCUUUGGCGGCAACUAUAAAGAGUUUCAAUAAAUAAAACUUCAU